UCUCUCUCCACCUUGCCUGCUCCAAUCUGUUACCUUGUUCCCAUACUCUGAUACUCAUAUGGCAGAAGAAGAACUUUCUGAGUGGACGAGAAGGUAUGGAAGCGACGCCAUUGACGAGCUUUUUGCCAAUGAGCCACCUCUCUUCUUUUUGCCUCAAGAACAACAUCUUAGACUCAUGCCAAAUGAAGAUUCUAUCAUCACCAAAUCAGUCUCAUCAACGUUUUACUCCGGCCCAAGAAUCCAAGAUAUCGCAAACGCUUUGGUCGUGGCUAAACCACUAACCCAUCCAGUCCGACAAAUCUCCGGGUCAACGUUACCAAUAUUGGAAAGGAGUAAUUUAAGCAAGGUGGAGAGGUACACAUUCAAGGUGAAGAACAGUUGUAAUGGAAUGAGUGAUGAUGGAUACAAAUGGAGAAAGUAUGGUCAAAAAUCCAUCAAAAAUAGCCCUAACCCAAGGAGUUAUUACAAGUGCACAAACCCAAUUUGCAAUGCAAAGAAGCAAGUGGAGAAAUCAAUUGAUGAGCCUAACACAUAUAUCAUCACGUACGAGGGUUUCCACUUCCACUUCACGUACCCUUUGUUCCUACCCAAUAGCACGCAUAGGACCAAUAAAAAACCCAAAAUACUUAAACAGGAUGCUCAAUAUAAAGCUCAUUUUGAAAUCAACCAAAUAUCCCAAACCCAAGAAGAAAACAGACCAGCCGAACUAGUCGAACCCACCUACCAAAAUCAUCAUCCAACUUAUGCAAACCUGGAAGAUGAAUUGUUUUUCUCACCUGAUCAGUGCCGGCGGCGACAAGGGCUUCUAGAAGAUGUGGUUGCUCCGGUAAUGAAAAAUAUUCCGACCAAUGACGGUGUUUCGGUAGCUUCGUUGUCUUUUAACAUUGGAUUAUGUGAUGAAAUAUUUGAAUCAAUCGGUUCUCCUAAAUUUUAAGCAUUCAUAUUUAUGUAUUUAUAUGUCAUUGUAUUUGAUAUUUUGCUGUAGUUAAGCGAAUAUUAGCCAUUAAUCAAAAUGCCAAUGACCUUGA